CAGAAGAAUUGUAAAUAAAAAUUGAAAAAAACAUUCAGACAACAGGGUAGCGAAGACAAGAAAGAGCAAAUCACCGCUCACACUGGAGCCAGAGAACAAGCUGACGUUGGCUUUUGCAACUACUCCGCCGUACGCUCUGAGUUGCCCAACGAGUCUUACAACCAUUCACUUAUUGAUUUUUCCCCCAAAAUAAAUACGCGGCUACCGAAACAGAAAACACCAAUAAUAAACAGUCACACUUGCACCGCACACCAGUCGCAGUCAAAAAUCAUAUCUCAUUGCUCAUAUUCAUAUUCAAUAAGUUAGCGUCAAAGCAAGAAUUCCAAAUUAAACAUUUGUGCCAAAAACGACGCCAUCAAAUAAACAAGAGAAACUAUCUAAAGCCAAGCAGAGAUUUUGUGAAUCAUAAAUUUUGCAGUUAAUCAUGGAAUAAAAUAUCAAACUGUCAGACACAAAAUCAAAAAUAGAACAGAGCUUUUUUUGCUAUUUCAAUAAGUGCGUUUAUAAGAUAAACAAAUGAAUAUUUUAAAUUCGUGGAAAAAAAUGUGAAACAAUGUAAAUAAAAAUGCAAAGUUUCAAUGGUGUAGAACAGAAAUACUACAAAAAUAAGUGAUUAAGCGUUGUUUUGGGCAACUCGACAUUGGAAGUAAACGAAAGGAAGCAGAGAAGGGACAGCAAUAACAAUUCAAAAUACCAAAAAUUUGAAGUGCGAAAUUGAAACAAGUAAAGAUCUAUGCGAUUUCUCAAGGCAAUUGUAUGCAAAAUUCUAAAGUCAGUGUGCCCCGCGGCGAAGGCAAAAUCAAAACAAACAAAUAUGAAGACCAACCAAUUGGUAAUAAUUCGGCAUGGCGAGAGCGAAUGGAAUAAGAUGAACCUCUUUUGUGGAUGGCACGAUGCGGAUUUGAGUGAACAAGGUGCUAAGGAUGCUGUCAAUAUCUCAGCCACGGCAUUGCGUGAAAGCAAUCUAAAAUUCGAUAUAGCGUACUCAUCGGCUUUAUCACGCGCUAAGCAAUCACUCAGUAUUGUAUUGAAAGAAUUGAAUCUCUGCGACUUGGAAGUUGUAAGUGAUUGGCAUUUAAAUGAGCGACACUAUGGAAAUUUAACAGGUUUCAAUAAACGUGACAUGGCAGACAAAUACGGCGAGGAACAGGUGCAGUUAUGGCGCCGCAAAUUUGACGUUCUCCCCCCACCCAUUACGUCGGACAACCCAUAUUACAAGAGCAUACGGAACAAUCCAAACUUCAAAAAUAUACCAGAGGCAGAAUUCCCAGACACAGAGUCGCUGAAAGUGCUGAUGCAACGCGUCAUACCAUACUUUGAUGACGUCAUAUUCAAGCAAGUGCUGGCCGGUAAGCGGGUUCUUAUCGUGGCACAUGGCACAGUGGCGCGUGCAUUAAUCAAACACAUCGACAAAGUAUCUGAUGAAAAUAUAUCCACCGUGAAUGUGCCGAAUAGCAUCCCUUGCGUAUUUGAAUUCAACAUGGAGAGCGGCGAAAAAGUCGGUAAAACAACAUUUUUGGCUGAUGAAAAUUUCUUAAACGAACAAAUACAGAAGACCGCAUCAAUUGGACAAUCAAAUAUGAAAUAGAUUAGAGUACAAAUUAUAUAUUUAUGUAAAAAACUGUUAGGCACACAAAUUAUAUAUUUAUGUAAAAAAUUGCGAAAAGAGACUUUUAAGUUAAUGUAAAAUUAAACUGUAAUAUAAUCGUAACUGUUUGUGUAUGAUAUUUACCUAAAUAUAUUGUAUAUACAUGUAAAUGUGAAUGUGUGUAGUAUAACUUGCAUUGGAUGUUUAAUUGUGUAAAUUUUAGUGAUUUGUGAGAGAACAAUAAAUUUUAU